AUGGAUAUUCAGUUAUAUAGAGGUUUAUUUAAAUCAAAAAUAUUAAGAGAAUUGAUUUUUGAGCAAAUUCAUAGGUUAUCAGGUGAAUAUCGAGACAGAGGAUUGGAAAUAUAUAAAUGGGGUGAUUUAGCGUUUUGUCCACAGCAACUCGUUCUAUAUAAUUAUGUCGAUCAAUUGAAAUCGACAAUCAAAUAUUUUAUUGAAAAUAGAUACACUUUACAAUGUACAAUUUUAAACGAGAAGAAAAAAAAUAAAACAAAAUUCUUUAAAAUAGAACAAUCAUCACCAUCAUCAAACAGUAAUAAUAAUAAUAAUAAUAACAAUAAUAACAAAAAAAACAAUAAAAACAAUAAAAACAACAAUAGAAAUGGAAAUCCAAAGUUUGUUAUCUAUUACAUAUUGUAUGCAUUAAAAACGAGUGCUACUCAUGGUAACUUGGAUUUAAUCAUCUAUUUACUUUCACAAUUCUAUGAAUUACCAACAACAAAACAACAAAAAUCAGAAGAAACAAAGAGUAUUACUCCCAAAAGCAUUAUAAAAUUGGAACAAAAGUAUUUAAAGAGUAUAUUUAACAAAGCUGCAGGCAAAGGAUAUUUAAAUAUCUUAAAAUACUUGAUUGAAACUUAUGGAAAUCAUGAUGUAAAGAUCACUACGAAAUCGAUGAAUUGCGCUGCGAGCAAUGGUCAUCUCCAAGUCUUGAAAUGGAUGUAUCAGACUCGCGAUUCAACAGCUACCGUUUGUAAUCAUCUUGGUUUAGAUGCGGCCGCUAACAAUGGCAAAUUGGAAACGGUUCAAUUCCUCCUCGAAAUGAAGGUUAUUCCAAAUUUAGCAGCUGAGUAUGCUGCAGACAAAGGACAUCUCGAUAUCCUGAUCUCGCUAGAUCAGUUCAACCAUCUCCCCACUACUUCUGUUGCUUUAGAUAAUGCAGCUACGCGAGGACACAUGGAAAUUGUACGGUUCCUUCAUAGCAGACAAGCGAAAUGCACUACAAACGCCAUCAACUAUGCUGCCUACAAUGGACAUUAUCAAGUGGUUCACUUCCUAUUGGAGAAUAGAAGUGAAGGAUGCACACGAGAAGCAAUGGACCUGAGUUCUAUGCAUGGACAUUUGGAUAUUGUGAAGCUACUUCACGAACGAUCGGACAAAGGAUGCACAGGGUCAGCCGUAAAUCUUGCAGCCGGUAACGGUCAUUUCCAUGUGGUCCAAUUUCUCAUUGAAAAUCGUACGGAAGGCUGUAGUUUCUAUGCUCUUUCUAAUGCAAUCAGAAAUGGUCAUCUACCAAUGUUUCAGUACCUCGCAGAGAAGACCGCAUUUCUCAAAGAUGAAGAAGCCGUUGAGCGAGUAUAUAAUAUUGCAAAAUCACAAGAUAAAUUGGAAAUAGUUGAAUUUCUAAAGAAUAAUUUCACACAAUUACAAAGUCAUAGAAACAGAGCAAUGGAAAGCGAUUUAUUAACAGAGAACAUGGCAGCUUUAAUGCAACAUUCAAACAAUGAAGACGAGGAUUUCGGUGAUUUAAGAGUCCAAGAGAUCGAGAUUUUGAAAUCAAUUUACGAUGAAAGUUUAAUUCAAGAUAAUCGUCAAUCAAACUUUUACAGAAUUAAAAUCAAUGUAAAUGUACCAGAAGGAUUUGUUUUAAAGACAGCAACAUCAACAGGAGGAGCAGAAGCAGAGGUAGAAGCAGCAGAAGCAGAGACAACAGAUGAAGAACUAUCUAACAAUUCCGAUUCAACAACUACUACUACAACAAACAAUAAUAACAGCAGCAGCAGCAGCAACAAUGCUGCUUCUCAAGCACAAGAGUAUCCAAUUGUUUGUUUGCCAACUGUUACUCUUGGUUUUGAGUUACCAAGAGGAUACCCUGAAGUUUCACCUAUUUUAGUUAUUUCUUGUUGUUAUUGGAUAAAGAACAAUUUAUUUACUUUCCUCGAUAUUGAAAAGUCGUUGACUCUUACCGAUGUCGAUGUCGAUUUCGAUUCACCACUCGCCGACUAUUGUAUUUGGGAGUACAACGAAGAUUGGACUAGCUUGAUGUCGGCAUUGCCCAUCAUCUUGGCACACAACUCCCACGAAUCCAAAAAGAUCUUCAACGAAACCGUUCAUACUUGUCCAAUCUGUUUGUGUGACGAUGAGGGUGUCAACUUUGAUCUGCUGGCGUGCUCCCACUUUACAUGCCACGGUUGUACCACACAGAUCUGUAAAUUGAAUAUCGAUAGCGGUGACAUCCGUCAGAUCAAGUGUUCUGAACUCAAGUGUGGCCAACCGAUCGACCAGAACAUUGUCGAGAAGUGUGUCUCUGCCAAAGACUUUGCCACCUACAAAUCAACCAUUCAAAAGACCAAUGGUUUCGUAGAGUGUACCAGAUGUAGAGGAUGGGCAAAAGUUGAGCCACAUACCAGAUCAACAUUCUGUGAGAAAUGUUAUUAUUCAAUGUGUAUGCUAUGCUCCAAGAAGUGGCAUCCCGGAACCACCUGUGGUUACGAACCAAUAAGUAGGGUAACAAAGUUGUCUGUACGUCUUGUAAUAAGAUUAUUUGUUGGAUUUGUUUGA